AUGGUCAUCUCCAUCGAGACCCAAGUGACUCCUCGCCUACCAGUGCGUGACGUACGCCUUCCAUCAAUGAGCAGUCGAUCGGCCGAGGUGCGCGUUAUCCCCGGCAGUGUCUACUUCAGUGGUCGCCUGGAACAGGUCCCCAUUGGCAUUGCUCAGCUCUACGGAAGUGAGGCGAAACAGGCUCAGUUUCAGGCUUUCCAGAGCUGA